AUGUUCUCCCUCCGCCACCUUCCCCCUCUGAUCGUGGCUACUGGGAUGGGCCUCGGUGGGACUAUGCCAUUCUUCAGUCCCUCCCGCGCAAUGACGAUCUUCGGGCUUCCCCCCUCUCUGGCCUAUAACCCAGCCGCUCAGGUCCUCAUGACCAUCAUGGCCGGCCGCAACAUCGCGCUCGGGGCAGCAAUCUGGCUACUGUACCUGCAGGGGAAGUUGGGAUCCGUGGACACGGUGCUGGGAUGUGUAGGGAUCGUGGGGCUGGUGGAUGGAUGGUUACUAUCAGCCUAUACUCCCACCAAAGUAACUGAUUCGAAGGUCUUGCGUUUCAAGCUCUAA